AUGUCCCAGACACUAAGCUCACAUGCGCCAGAUUCACCUCGGUCGUCUCAAUCACCACCGCCUUCUGGUGUCCAAGGUGAUCUGGAAUUAGAACUUCUCGGGCUUGCAAACGCAUUAUACAAUCUUGGAACCACCGUGAUCAACGAUUCUACAAAAGAACGCGAUAGACCAGGUGGUGCUAAGCCCGUUGGCCUUAGGGCAAAUGAGGUAGUCCAUCAUCUCGCCACCAUCGAUGAUAAAGCACAAGAUAUUCGGACGAUGAUACCUUUUCAAGUUUUGUCUGAUAUCGAUAGCGCACGCAACCCUAUGCAGUUGACCAAAGAGCGUUUAGAAAGGGCAGCCACUGAGAACCAAUUCAUGAACGGCAAGAUAGCAGCUAUCGACUCCUACCGCAAGCUUCUGAACGAGGCAUUAGCAUCGAACUUCCCAGAAACCGCCGAAUAUCUCCAUCCUAGUCAGGAGGAUAUCAAGAUGGAGACAUAG